AUGCCGUUUACCAAUCCCUUCACUUCGGUGACAGGGAAGCAUGCCUACACCUACUUUGACAUCCGACUCGAGAACGAUUUCAUCGUCUUCCGCGGCAAUGAGCACGAAUCUGCUGGCCAACUAUUGCAAGGCACCGUCGUCCUAUGUCUACCAGCGCCGCUGAAGAUCGAGGACGUCCACUUAAGGCUGACAGGAACUCUGCGCAUGAGCUGGAACGACCCUCGAGUUACCGCCGCCGGAAUAUCGAACCACAAGAUCGACCGCACCACGACGAUAUACUCACACCGAUGGAAACCCUUCGUCGGCAUCGGCGCUGAAAAUCAGUCCAUCAGUAGCCCCAAUGGCCUCAUGACCAGGGGUGUUACGCUACCCGCCGGAAACUAUGAAUGGCCCUUUGAGCUGAUGCUGCCGGGAGACAUGACUGAGAGUGUCGAGGGUCUCCGCGAAGCGAGUCUCACCUACAAACUUAAGGCUACGGUAGCACGAGGCAAGCUGGCCUACGAUCUCCACGCCUACAAACGUCUGCGCAUCAUCCGAACACUCGACCCGUCUACCCUAGAAUUUCUUCACACCAUGAGCGUGGAAAACAUCUGGCCAAACAAGGUUGAGUACUCAAUCAUGAUUCCCAAGAAGGCUGUUGUUUUUGGCAGCACGAUUCCUCUGCAAACCAGGUUUACGCCUCUUUUGAAGGGCCUGGAGCUAGGAGAGAUCACCAUCAGACUGCUGGAGGUUCACGAGUUCAUGAUUCAGUCACAUUCAGGUUACGGUAUCCGCGAACACAAGAAGGAACGGGAAGUAUCGGUCUGGAAAAUCCCGAUCGAGAGGGAGAAGCACUGGCAAGAUGUCAUCGAGGAUACUGGACAGGAAGGAUGGGUCAUGAACACAGGGCUCGACUUGCCACGGACGCUAGGCAAAUGUGUGCAGGAUGUCAACGCUCACGGAAUCAAGGUGCGCCACAAGUUGAAGGUGGUGCUCGCUCUGCACAACCCAGAUGGGCAUAUUUCGGAACUUCGCGCAACCUUGCCUGUUUCGAUCUUCAUCUCCCCCAACAUGCCAUUGGAUGAAGAGGGCAACCUGGUGAGGCAGAUGCCUAAUGGGACCACGCCUGGGGAUGUGGUUGCCGCUCCUCCUCCAAGCUACGACGAACAUACACUAGACCAGCUCUACGAAGAUAUGGAACCCACGGGCCUGCAGACGCCGGCUGGCAUGGCGAGCCCGUUGUACGGCCACUCUCGCGCAGGAUCGGUCGAGAAUCUCGCAGCAUUACUUCACAGCCAUAGCACGGCGGUCCCCCCGGCAGCACUCACGUCUAGGUUGCAGAGUAUGUCCCUGGAGCGUUCGAGCCGCAGCACCUCGUGGAAUGAUGGAGACUCGGAGGCUGCCACGCCAAAUAAUGGCCCCGUGGACAGCGUUCACAGUUCAGCUCUUCCGUCGGCACCCUUAACCCGGCAGAACAGCGACGACAAUAUCGUCGCCGAGACCAUGUCAGGAUGUCGUACGCCAGAGCACUCGGACUUUUCGGGCAUAAUGGAGCUCAGCAAGGUCCCGAGUUACCACACGGCGGUCAAGACACCAGUUCGGCCUAUCAUGUACCCCGAGGGCACAGUUCUGCCUGACUACGUGGCUGCGACAAGCGCUUCUGGGACAACCACUCCUGGGUCACCAGAACUUGGCCACUCCGAGGCUGGGGACGGCGCAAGCAAAGUGGAAGAACGCAACUUCGUUCCGGAACCGCCUCGGCGCAAAUCAACGCGAUCACGGCUCGCCUUCACACUCUCGCACAUUCCACACAUCCAUCACUCACAUUCCCACCACGGCCACUCCCAUUCAGAGUCUGAAGAUCGCAGACGGCACUCGUCAAUGAUGCAGGCCAAUUGA